GCGUUGAUUUUGAUUCAAUUGUUUUUGUUUUUUCAAAUGUUUUGUUGACAUUUUGUUUAUGACUUUUGUAAUCAAAUAUUUGUUUUUUACAUUGAAUUGCUUUACAACUCUUGAUUGCAUUGUGUUUUGAAUGCCUUUUGUUUGAUAUCUUGUGGUUUGAUUUUUUCAGUGACACAUCCUUUUAGCCGACAAUCCGAUCACCACUUGUGAGGAGACAGACAAUGGGCGACAGCGACGACGACUUUGACCGCUCGACCAGAGGUCGCGAUAAGUUUCGCCGCGAAAGAAAUGACUACAACGACCGCAACUCCGGCGGCAAUCGACGCGACGACUGGUCCGACCGGCGUGAGAGCGGAGGGAACAGCUCUUGGAAUAACCAGAACAGAGACCGCAUUCCUCAGCGCCGAGACAACUAUCGGAACGACAACUACUCGAUGGGAGGAGGAGGACCGGGUGGUGGCGGUAAUCAGCGCCGCGAGCGGUACAGUCCGGCCGAUAGGAGUGAUAUGAGUCCGCCAAUGAAGCGGCAGAGAGGGGGUCGUGAUUGGGACGAUCGGUCUCCGUAUCCGAACUACGAAAUGGGCGGUUACGGACAUCACAACAAUAACUGGACUCAAAUGGAUAAUAGCGGUCCCAACUCUCAGAACCAGAAUCAGCACAGGGAGGCGGACACGGGUCCCACUCAGCCACCAAUGAUGACAUUCAAGCAGUUUUUAGGCACACAGGGCGACGACAUUGACGAUCAGAUCGCCGUUAAGAAGUAUAGCGAUUAUAAGUUGGAUUUUAAGAGAAAACAAAUUAUCGAGUUUUUUAACGCACAUAAGGACGAGGAA